AAACAAUUGCUUAUUUGUUUUAGCUUUUCCUUGGGAAUCAUGAACACCCGGCAGCAAAGCAAAGUUAUCUACUCCUGGUAUGGGAAGCCCAUGAGCUUGGACAGGAAACUGAGGACUACAAAGUACAAGGGAAUCCUUAUUACCUCAGAAAGAAGCGGAACAGAAAACUGCAUACGAGUCGGUGACUUUAUUUUAGUAGAAGGGGAGAACGCAGAUGAACCUUUUGUGGCACAGCUCCUGGAUCUGUAUGAAGAUGGUGCUCAGGUGAAACGUGCGGUUGUGCAGUGGUUCUCUCGUGUUACAGAGGUACCACCGAACAAACGGAAACUGCUUAAAAGAGAGGUUUCUUCCCAAGAGGUGUUUUUUGAUCAGGUUCCUGGCUUUGACACUGAUAUUGCUGCAGAGACCAUUAUUAAAAGCACCAUGGUAAUACCCCUACAUCUGAAUGAGGAACCGCCUACUGCAUUGCACAAGGAAAACAUCUUCUAUGUAAAACAGUCUUGGGAUGGGAAAUGCUUUAAGACUUUGUCCCCUGACAUAUUCUCUAAGCUGAAAGACGCUAAUAAGAAAGGAGGUGGCAUCCUAAACUCUUCAAACUCAUUUAUUCCUUUGGACAUCAUUUCCCCUCUGAAAAAAGAGACAGAAAGUGGUGUUCGGAGUGCCACAAAACCAAAACCUGUUGAGUUGGAAAUCGAAUCGAAACAUUCUGCUUCCAAGUCCUCCCUCGCUAAGGAGAGACAUUCACAGAGAGGGGCUAAUGGCAUCAAAACUCCAACAGCGAGGAAGAAGUUACAGUUGAACAGUCCCACACGAUCUCCUAAAGACAGAUUCCUGGGAUGUGAAGUUUUGGAUCUUUUGGAUGAUGACAUUGGUGCCAUAGCACCGUUAAAACCAUCAGCUACUAAAAGAAAAGUGAAAUUCACCGGCAUUUUAAGCUCACCACCAAAAAUACCUCAUACCAAUGAUAAGGAAAAUUCAGUAUUUGACAGUGAAGAGUACUGGCAGAGGUUUACUGAAUCAUUACAAUUAUCCCCCUUUAAAGUCAAAGACUCCAGUGGGAAAGCCAAGAAUCUUGAUGUGAAAAAUGACACUGUAUCUCCAAAUAAAUGCUGGGAGCUGCAUAGUCGGAGCCCUGUACUGACCCUUCGCUCUAGAAGAAGUUGUGUGCAGCAGACAAGCUCUCGCAUUGCAGAGCAAAUCAGCAUAUUAAAUGCACUAGAGUUGAACAAGGAAGAGGAGUCUUCAUCUAGCUCAGACAGCUUGUUCUCUUCAAGUAGUGAGGAAGAAGAGGAUGAUGAGAGCUUUACGCCAGAAAAGAAAACUAAAUUAAGUGGAACAGUCAGCACCCCAAAAUCUUCAAGGAAGUCUUCAGUUCGCACCCCUGCCAGGACCCCAAAGAAAACUCCUUUGCCAGGCACACCCAAGACACCCCGGAAUGCGACUCCUGAGAUUCCCAAGCGCAAAAAUGCAACACAGAAACCAGCCAGUGUACUAGAAGAGGCCAGAUUAAGGCUGCAUGUUUCUGCUGUCCCAGAAUCUCUGCCCUGUCGUGAGGAAGAGUACCAGGACAUCUAUAACUUUGUGGAAAGCAAGCUUAUUGAUGAAACAGGAGGGUGCAUGUACAUUUCUGGAGUGCCUGGUACUGGUAAAACUGCAACUGUCCGUGAAGUGAUGUGCUCUCUUCAGCAAGCUGCAGAGAAUGAUGAGCUACCAUCAUUCCACUUUCUAGAGAUCAAUGGCAUGAAGCUGACUGACCCUCACCAAGCUUAUGUGCAGAUACUAGAGUUACUGACAGGUCAAAAGGUGACUGCAACCCAUGCUGCAGUACUGUUGGGAAAACUGUUCAGUACACCUGGACCAAAGAGGAAGACCACAGUGCUGGUAGUGGAUGAGCUUGAUCUUCUGUGGACCCGGAAACAGAAUGUGAUGUACAAUUUAUUUGACUGGCCAACUCAAAAGCACUCCAAAUUAAUCAUCUUGGCCAUCGCUAACACCAUGGACUUGCCAGAGAGAAUAAUGAUGAACAGAGUAGCUAGCAGGCUGGGCCUCACCAGAAUGUCCUUUCAGCCCUACACCUACAAACAGCUACAGCAAAUUAUUUCAUCCAGACUGAACAACAUAAAGGCAUUUGAAGAGGAUGCAAUUCAGCUGGUUUCCAGAAAGGUAGCAGCACUGUCUGGUGAUGCCAGACGUUGUCUUGACAUCUGCAGAAGGGCCACUGAGAUCUGUGAGUUCGAUAGCCAAAAGGGAACCCCUGAGAUAGUCAGGAUGGCCCAUGUGACUGAAGCCAUAGAUGAAAUGUUCUCAUCACCAUAUGUAAAUGCAAUCAGGAAUGCCUCGCUCCAUGAACAAAUCUUUUUGAAGGCAAUUUUAGCAGAGUUUCGCAGGGCAGGAGUUGAAGAGGCAACAGUUCAACAGGUCUACCGUCACCUUCUAGCUCUCUGUAGAAUGGAAGGCAUCCCGAGCCCUACAGUGUCAGAAGUGAUGGCAGUUUGUUCAAGACUCGGUGCCUGCAGGCUCUUGCUGGUGGAGUCCAGUGCUAAGUACCUCGAGCUGCGGGUGCGACUCAACGUCAGCCAGGACGACAUCAUGUAUGCCCUCAAGGAUGAAUAG